AUGUCCGACUGGGAGGACGAGUACGAGGGCGGCGUUGCGAUCCAAAAGUACGUCGAAAAAACGGCUCCAACUGCUCGGAAAACACCACACGAUGACAGUCGGGGGCAAAACGUAUGUUUCGCUCAAAGAAACGGAACCGGGUCUGGAGCCUCGAGAGGGUGGGGAACGGAACGGAGCGGCGAGGGAUCCGAGUACGGAAGCCGGAGAGGUGGUGGUGGUGGUGGUGGCGGUGGCGGCGGUGGCAGCCGCGAAAAUCGCCCAUUUGCCCGCAGCGCGGACCGCGAAAGCGACGAACAGUCGGUUACGUUCACCGUGGACAGUUCGUCAGUUGGGAGGAUAAUAGGUCGCGGAGGAGCUAAAAUACGUGAACUUGAAGAAAGCACUGGUGCAAGAAUAAAGAUAAACAACGGGGACUACGGAGGGGAGGUGGUCCUCUCCGGGUCCUCUGCCGCCCAGCAGAAGGCCAAGGAGAUGAUCGAGGAGCUGGUGGCGGACGCUGGACCUCGGGACGGUGGUGGAGGCUACCGAGGCGGAUCUGAUGGGGGAGGCUACGGAGGAGGAGGUGAUGGAGUAGCAAAGACUCGCUCCGUGUGGUCUACUGCAGAACUGCAGGAGGCGGUGUCGGCUCCGUCUCCUCCGUCCAUCGACUGGAACGACAUCCGGGAGAACAAAGACAAGUACGUGGGGCUCAAGUGGAAAGACGCCCCGGUCUUGAAGAAGAUGUUUUACACGGAGGCGGCGAGCGUGUCCGUGCUCACCGAACAGGAAGUGUGUGAAUGGAGGAAGGAGAACAACGACAUCUUCGUUGACGACCUGAAGGAGGAGGGGGAGAAGCGCCACAUCCCCAAUCCCUGUCGCACCUUCCUGGAGGCCUUCGAGCUUUUCCCGGAGAUCAUGGAGAACAUCGACCGCGUCGGCUUCGUCAAACCGACGCCCAUCCAGUCUCAGGCGUGGCCCGUGGCCCUGAGCGGCGAGGACCUGAUCGCCAUCGCUCAGACCGGGACGGGCAAGACUCUGGCCUACCUGCUGCCGGGCUUCAUCCACAUGAACGGACAGACGCUGCCCAGAGCCCAGCGGGGGGGUCCGGGCAUGCUGGUGCUGACCCCCACCCGAGAGCUGGCGCUGCAGAUCGAAGCCGAGUGCAGCAAGUACAGCUACAAGGACUACAAGAGCGUCUGCAUCUACGGCGGGGGGGACCGCCGGGCCCAGAUCAAACUGGUGAAGAGCGGCGUGGACAUCGUGAUCGCGACGCCCGGCCGGCUGAACGACCUGCAGAUGAACGAGCUCAUCAACCUGCAGUCCGUCACCUACCUGGUUCUGGACGAGGCGGACCGGAUGCUGGACAUGGGCUUCGAACCCCAGAUCAUGAAGAUCCUCCUGGACAUCCGCCCCGACCGGCAGACCAUCAUGACCAGCGCCACCUGGCCCACCGGCGUGAGGCGCUUAUCCAAAUCCUACCUGAAGAACGCCAUCAUGGUCUACGUGGGCACGCUGGACUUGGCGGCCGUCAACACGGUGCAUCAGACGGUGCUGAUCGUGCACGAGGAGGACAAGAAGUCCUACAUGUUCGACUUCAUCAGGAACAUGCAGCCGCUGGAUAAGGUCCUCGUCUUCGUCGGCAAGAAGCUCGUGGCCGAUGACCUGUCCAGUGACAUGUGUCUGCAGGGCCUGGCUGUGCAGAGUCUCCACGGCGACCGUGAGCAGUGUGACCGCGAAGAGGCGCUCAGGGACUUUAAAUCCAGCCGGGUGCGUAUCCUGGUGGCCACUGACUUGGCGUCUCGGGGGCUCGACGUUCACGACAUCACGCACGUCUUCAACUACGACUUCCCGCGGAACAUCGAGGAGUACGUCCACCGCGUGGGCCGCACGGGGCGAGCAGGGCGCUCCGGUGCUUCUGUUACCUUGGUGACGAGAGAGAACUGGAGGAUGGCCGCUGAGCUCAUUUCCAUCUUGGAGCGAGCGGGACAGGAGGUCCCCGAGGAGCUGGUGCUGAUGGCCGACAGAUACGAGAAGCACAAGAAGGAGAAGGACUUGACCAACCCAAGGGGAGGAGGGAGGAGAGAAGGAGGAGGGGGAGGGAGGAGAGAAGGAGGAGGAGGGGGAGGAGGAUGGGGAGGAGGGGGAGGAGGAGGAGGGGGAGGGAGGAGAGAAGGAGGAGGAUGGGGAGGAGGGGGAGGAGGAGGAGGAGGAGGCAGAAGAGAAGGAGGAGGAGGAGGAAGGGAUCGAGACCAGAACUGGGGCUUCUGA